AUGAAUGCCCCUAUUCCUGCUGAUGGUUCCGGUGCUGCUGCUGCUAGUGUUGCCUCGGGUUCAAACCCGCCCCCUGUUGUUGCCUCGGGUCUUCGCCCACCCAUUGCCGUUGUUUCUGCAACAGCUUCUAUGCAAGGGCUAGGUUCAGCCGUGACCAAGCCAACCCCACAUGUUGAGAAGCCACCACCAUUUAACGGUGAAGAUUUUAAAAGGAGGCAACAGAAGAUGUCAUUCUAUCUGACCACACUGAAUCUAGCCCACAUCCUCAAAGAGGAUUGCCCCGUUGUCUCGGAGGAGAAUAUGACAACAGAGACUGUGGCUGCGAGGGAAGCAUGGAUGCACUCAGAUUUUCUUUGUAAAAAUUAUAUUCUGAGUGGCUUGGCCGACCCGCUGUACAAUGUGUAUUGCACAGCGUAUGCUACUUCCAAGCAAUUGUGGGAGACCUUGGAGAAGAAAUAUAAGCUUGAGGAUGCUGGCACCAAGAAAUUUCUAGUAGAUAAGUUCCUGGAUUACAAGAUAGUUGAAACCAAAUUGGUGGUCAACCAGAUGGAGGAACUGCAAAUCAUCAUUAGUGAUUUGCAUAGCGAGGGAUUGGUCAUCAAUGAGCCAUUCCAAGUUGCUGCUGUGAUUGAGAAGCUGCCACCUUCAUGGAAGGAUUUCAAAAACUAUCUCAAGCACAAGCGUAAGGAGCUGUCUAUGGAAGAUCUGGCUCUUCGUCUUCGUAUUGAAGAAGACAAUCGUAAAGGAGAUAAAGUCUCAGACAGAUUUGAAGCUAAGGCUCACUUAGCUUAG